AAACAGAGUCGUCUUUGACUUACCCGAAACAGAGCCUCCCUCUCUCUUUGUGGAUCUGAAAUGGCGAUUCCUGUUAUCGAUUUCUCCAAGCUCAAUGGUGAAGAGAGAGAAAAGACACUUUCUGAAAUCGCUAAAGCUUGCGAGGAAUGGGGAUUUUUUCAGCUGGUGAACCAUGGGAUUCCAUUGGAGCUUCUGAAUAAGGUGAAGAAGCUGAGCUCAGAAUGCUACAAAACAGAGAGAGAAGAAGCAUUCAAGACCUCAAAUCCCGUGAAGUUGCUCAACGACUUGGUUCAGAAAAACUCUGAAGAGAAACUCGAGAGCGUUGACUGGGAAGAUGUCUUCACUCUCUUGGACCAUAACCAAAACGAAUGGCCAUCCAACACUUGCGGCCUCAAAGAAACGAUGGGAGAAUACAGAGGAGAAGUGAGGAAGCUAGCAAGCAAAAUGAUGGAAGUGAUGGAUGAGAAUUUGGGUUUGCCUAAAGGUUACAUAAAGAAAGCUUUCAACGAAGGCAUGGAAGAUGGAGAAGAGACAGCUUUCUUUGGCACCAAAGUCAGCCAUUACCCACCUUGUCCUCACCCGGAGCGCGUCAAUGGCCUCCGAGCUCAUACUGAUGCAGGAGGUGUCGUUUUGCUGUUCCAAGACGAUGAAUACGACGGCCUUCAAGUCUUGAAAGACGGCGAGUGGAUCGAUGUUCAGCCUCUACCUAACGCCAUUGUUAUCAACACUGGUGAUCAGAUUGAAGUUCUUAGCAACGGAAGGUACAAGAGCGCAUGGCACAGGGUGUUGGCGAGGGAGGAAGGAAACCGAAGGUCCAUAGCUUCCUUCUACAACCCGUCGUACAAGGCCGCGAUCGGGCCAGCCGUGGUGGCGGGGGAAGGAAGUGAAAACAAGUACCCCAAGUUUGUCUUUGGAGAUUACAUGGAUGUCUAUGCAAACCAGAAGUUCAUGCCUAAGGAGCCUCGCUUUCUAGCUGUAAAAUCUCUCUGAAUGUAAUCUUCUUUAUUUUUACAGUAUUUGUCACUGUUUUAUCUUACCCCAAUUAUGUAUUUGCCAAAUUAUAUAAUUGAAAAUUUGCCCUUUUUUUUUUUUUUUUUUUUUCCAUGUGAUGUAUGAAUCUUUGUUGUGACUUGUGUUCUUAGUUUUUGAAUAUAAA